GGACGGCAGAGAUGAGAGAGACCUCAGACACCAUGAGACGAUAUGAUGAUAGACGAUCACAGCCUGAUCUGACAGCAUGGAGCUCAAGAUCUCUGGCAAGGGGCAGCAGAGCCACCGGAUGGUGAUCUUCAUAGCCCUCCUCGUCCUGAUGACAAUCCUCAUCCUCUACGGCUCCAACAACAGCAACGACACCACCUACGCUCCCUUCCAUGUGGCUACAAGUCAUGCUCUCAAGACCACAGAUUUGAAGAAAUGGGCUGGGAAAGAUGGUUAUGUGCCCGUUUACGGGAGCAAGAAUAUGAGUUUGCGCUGCCAUAACUGUGCACUAGUGACGAGCUCCAGCCACGUCCUGGGUAGUCAAGCAGGAGAAGAGAUCGACCGUACGGAGUGUGUGAUCCGUAUGAACGAUGCCCCGACUCUGGGUUAUGAGACCGACGUGGGCAAUCGGACCUCUCUGCGGGUCGUAGCUCACUCCAGUGUGUUCAGGGUGGUGCGGAGACCGAACGAGUUCCUGCGGCACACAGACAGCAACUCCAUGAUCAUCUUCUGGGGACCGCCCAAUAAGAUUGGGAAGGACGCCAAAGGAACCUUGUACAGAUUGAUCCAGAGAGUCAGCAUGACCUACAGCAACGUGUCUUGUUUCAGCGUCACGCCGGGCAAGAUGCGCAGAUUUGACAGUCUGUUUCACAGGGAGACGGGACGAGAUAGACAAAAGUCUCACUCGUGGUUGAGCACAGGCUGGUUCACCAUGGUCAUAGCCAUUGAGAUAUGUGAUAAUAUCAAAGUAUAUGGGAUGGUUCCACCCAGUCACUGUGGGAAGAAACCCGUAACCAAGAAGAUGCCGUACCACUACUACAAACCCAGAGGGCCUGACGAAUGUGUGACAUAUCUACAGAACGAGAGCGGCCGAAGAGGGAACCACCAUCGCUUUAUUACUGAGAAACAGGUGUUUUCACGUUGGGCAAAGCAGUAUAACAUCACCUUCACUCAUCCCAACUGGUGAAAAGACGUUUAUGA